GUUUAUUAAAAAAAAAAAAGGGGUGUGAGGUAUUUGUAUCGGGGUUAGGAGUUGCGUCCCUAGUUUGCCAAUCCAAAAGUAUCUACAGAGCCUCAGAAGCUAGGGUUCUUUCUCCGCGCUCCAACCUUCGUCUUUCUCCCUUCCCUCUCACCAAUUGGAAUUGAUUUGUGACAUCAUAUAGUGGUUGGAAUUUUGAGAUUUUAACUGUGGGAGCAAUAGUUUAUUUUGUUGUAUCAUGGAGAUACAGACAUGUGGCAAGCCAAUUGACUCCUUGCUAGAAAAGGUUCUGUGCAUGAAUAUUUUGUCAUCUGAUUACUUUAAGGAGCUCUAUCGAUUAAAAACGUAUCAUGAAGUUAUUGAUGAGAUCUAUAAUCAAGUUGAUCAUGUGGAGCCGUGGAUGACUGGCAAUUGUCGCGGCCCUUCUACUGCUUUCUGUCUUCUUUACAAAUUUUUUACGAUGAAGCUCACUGUCAAGCAAAUGCACGGGCUGUUGAAACACCCUGAUUCUCCUUACAUUAGAGCGGUUGGGUUUCUCUAUCUGAGAUAUUGUGGAGACCCAAAGACACUAUGGAGUUGGUUUGAACCAUAUAUAAAAGACGAGGAGGAAUUUUCUCCUGGAUCUAAUGGUCGAAUGACUACAAUGGGUGUAUACAUCCGUGAUUUGCUACUUGGACAGAGCUUUCCUACCAGAGAUGCAUCACGAGACUGCAAAUGCAGAUAUAUCCCUCACCGUCCCAUAAUUUGGAGUAACAGUUUGAGUAUUACUUCGACACACUGUUUCCUCGCAUCCCCGUUCCUGUAUUGCGGCAGGUUGUGUCUAAUCUUGAAAAGUUGAAGCUCCCCACUACACAUUCGGGUUCGACUGGGGAAUCUACCCGUCAUGGUUCUGAUGAUACUGCCCGCAGACCACCUUCGGUUAAAGCUGCUCUUUCAGUCUCUUUUGGUCAGCGAGCUCCACAUCGUGCCUCCACAAGGGAUUCUUCACCUAUUCGCCGUACAUUACCUUCUCAUGAAAGAAAUGGCAGUGAUGACAUAAGAAGAUCUCCAAGUAGUCGCCGCAGCCAAAGCCGGGAAUAUCCUGAUAGGGAUAGGGAUCGUGAACGGUCACGAUCCAGAGAUAGGGAUAGGGAUCAUGAUAGGGACCGGGACAGGGAAAGGGAGAGGGACAGGGAUCGAGAACGUGAUAGGGACAGAUACCGUGAUAGAGAUAGAAACAGGGAGUGGGAGCGUGAUCGAGACCGGGAAAGAUACAGGGAUCGUGACUCAGACCGAGAUCAGGAGAGGGACAGAAUCCGAAGGGAUAAGGAGCGGGAAAGAGAGAGGAGUUAUGAUUAUGAUAGGAGGUCUAAGCACACAGAAAGAGAAAGCAGCCGGGAUUAUGACAAUGGGAGCCGGCACUAUCGUAAGAGUCGGAGUAGAAGUAGAAGCAGGAGUAGGAGUCAGAGCCAGCAAGCCGGCACUGCUCGUCAUGAAUCACGGUCUAGUCCACCAAGAGAUGGGAGUAAAAGAACUUCUGCAUCCAGUAAUCUAGCUAAACUUAAAGAUAUGUAUGGUGAUUUAGGGGAUAAUAAAGGAGAAAUCCGCAUGGAAAAAAUUCCUAGAAAGGAUAGUGGAGGGGAAGAGGUUAUCAGACUUGGCGGUUCUACUUGGAAGUAUUGAAAGUAACCAGGGAAUGCUUGUGUCAGAUGUUGGAUGUGACUUUCACAAAAAAUAUUGGGUCUAGUCCUUUUGUUGCUGUCGUCUCUUGGUUGGCCGAUCUUUUAAAUUGGUGAUGAAUGUUAUCUAUUAUAGAUAAUGUAUACUAAAAUUUAUCCCUGUUGCAUUGAUUUUCAUGCUUUGUAAUCGCAAGUUUUAGACUAAAGAUAAUUCUAUGUAGUACCGAACAUCUAUAACCGUAUAACCGCAUAUUGUGAUAGUUUAAUCUUCAA